CUGCCUUAACAUUUAUUUUCCAGGCAAGUAGGAGACAGUGGGAGGAGAGGAGGCGGUCGGCGCGCUCAGCCGAGGGGUUCCUUGCUGCAGGUGGAACGUUAGAGCGGGUCCCGUGUUGCUCUCCGGAGCUGACCGAGAGGGAACGGGUUCGUCGCCACUGCGUCGGAGGGUCCGGGACAGGGGGCGGCAGGGCCCGGGGGUCGGUGUCCGGGACAGGGGGCGGCAGGGCCCGGGGCUUGGUGUCCGGAGGAAGCCGCUACGGGAGAGAGACAGGCUGAAUUGAGCCGUGUGGUCUCGGGGCAGGAGCCGAGGCUCAGGCAGCAGCAGCUGUGGUCACCGUCUGUCCGUGAGGAGUCUGUUGACCGCCGGCUGAGUCCGGCCCCACCGCCAAAAUGUCCAUCUUCACUCCCACCAACCAAAUCCGGCUGACUAACGUGGCGAUUGUCCGCAUGAAGCGAGCAGGGAAACGCUUUGAAAUCGCCUGCUACAAGAACAAAGUCAUGAGCUGGAGAAAUGGAGCCGAAAAGGAUCUUGAUGAAGUUCUUCAGACACACACAGUGUUUACAAAUGUAUCAAAAGGACAAGUGGCAAAGAAAGAGGAUUGUGUUGCAGCAUUUCAGACAGACAAUCUGACUGACAUAUGUAAACAGAUUCUGGCGAAGGGUGAAUUGCAAGUUUCUGAUAAGGAGCGACAUGCACAGCUUGAACAGAUGUUCCGAGACAUAGCGACUAUAGUGGUAGAGAAAUGUGUCAACCCUGAAACAAAGAGACCGUACACCGUGAACCUAAUAGAGCGCGCCAUGAAGGACGUUCACUACUCUGUGAAGGCCAACAAGAGUACAAAGCAGCAGGCAUUGGAGGUUAUCAGACUGCUCAAGGAGAGUAUGCAAAUUGAACGUGCUCACAUGAGACUCCGGCUCAGGAUUCCGAUAAAGGAUGGAAAGCGGCUUAAGGAAAAACUGAAGCCACUGAUUAAAGUGAUGGAAAGUGAAGAAUUUGCUGAAGAUUUAGAUGUUGUAUGUUUGAUUGAUCCUGGUUGCUUCAGAGAAAUUGAUGAACUAAUUCGACAUGAAACAAAGGGAAAGGCUUCCCUGGAAGUUCUCAGCUUAAAGGAGGUGGAAGAAGGUGAUGAAAAACUUGAAUGAGUUGUUCAUGGAAGCUUUGGUCUAGCUGCAGAAUCAAGUAUUGUUAAACCACACUAGUACCAAUAAAUAUUCAUUUAAUGUGCACAGAGACCUUGUUGGCUUCAGUGGGACCCCACAGGUAUAAAUUAGUUACAAUUUUAAAUCCUUAAACCACUUGAUAUUCUUUACAAAAGUAUACUAUUGAGUUUUUUUUCCCUUGUAUUUAAUUAAAGUCAGUUUAAAGCCUUUAAA